AUGGCUGUUCUGUCUCGCGUCAUGCUGGCUGCUGCCGCCGCCGCUCUCGGAGUUUCUGCUGCUACAGUCACUUUGAAUUUUGACGAUGUUGCCGUCUCCAACGCCAGGCAGUGCGGCCAGACCGCUUUGAACCAGAAGACAGCCUACAACGGCUUUCUCAUUACCGGUGGCGGCGGAGUCGGCAUUUUGAACAGCACGGCGACACCCAACUGCCCAACUGAAGAGGAGACUCGCCCUUACCCCUCGUGGUCUACCUCUGGCUCCAAUGUUGUCUACAACAGCAAUGGAAAGCUCAAAUUCACAGUUCAAGGGUCACAAAAGAUUAUCAAGUCUUCCUUUGAUGUUGAUCUUAUCUUCUACGACAGCGAGCUUUUCUUGAACACCACUGUGGAGAUUCAGACCACUCUGUCCGGAGGAGAGCAAGAGCUAUAUGUUUUCCACACUCUUGAAGAUGGAUUCGGUCCGUAUCACAUUGAAACUACUGGUGCCCCUGCUACUUCCGUUCUUAUUGAGGCCCUUGCCAUUGAGCCCAUUGGCGAAGGCCCAACCAUCAACACAGAUCUUGCUGUGGACACUAUCGUAUUUGAGCUUGCAUAA